GAUCUCCAGUCAGUGCCCAGCCAGUGAUUAUGGCUGUUCCUCCCCGACCAUCUACUCUAGUGGCAAAACCAGUUGCAUACAUGCCAGCUUCAAUAGUGACUUCUCAACAGCCUUCAUGUCAUGCCAUUCACGUAGUUCAACAAGCUCCUACUGUUACAAUGGUCCGAGUUGUGACCUCCUCUGCAAACUCUGCAAACGGAUACAUCCUCACAAAUCAGGGCACAGCAGGAGGAGCUCAUGAAGCUGCAGGAGCAGUGUUGGACUUAGCUGGUGACCAUCGAGGCAUGGAUGAAAAGCCAACGAUUGCAUUUGCCACCAUACCUACAGCCAGCCGUGUUAUUCAGACAGUUGCCAGUCAGAUGGCACAGGGCGUUCCAGGACAGACAGUCACAAUCCUUCAGCAGGCAGCUCCAGUGACCAUUGGACAGCAUCAGCUCCCCGUGAGGGCUGUCACUCAGAACGGGAAACACGCCGUCCCCACCAACAGCAUCACCGGCAGCGCUUAUGCUCUUACAAAUCCAUUGCAGCUUCUUGCAGCCCAGGCCAGCUCAUCCACUCCUGUUGUAGUCAACCGGGUGUGUGAGCCAGGGACCGAAGAGACAGUGGCAGCCUCUUCCAGUGAACCUGAAGUCAAAAGACCCCGGAUAGAAGAGUCCAGCGGAGCAGUCCCAGCCCAAACUGGAGUCAUCACAUCUACAAUGCCACAAGGACAGGCAACCACUGAAUGAAGAACCAGUGGGAAGAGCUGGAGUGAUGCCAGGUGGGCAUGGGAUGGCAAGGAGCCCUAAAGCAGCUUUCAAAGAAAACAAACCACAACUGUAACAGCUCAAAAUAUAGUGGAUAAAGAGCUCUUUUUAAAGUCAGAUUUUUUUUAAAUGGGAGGUCAACAGCUGUUAAAAUCACAAGGUGCCAAAAAGAAUGGAAAACCCCUCCCAGGAACCCAUAUCUGGAACUCUGUUCUGUCUUUACCUAUGGGAUAUUUUUUCCCUUUUUUUUUUUUUUUUUUUUUUUAAAAAAAAGAUUCAAAAAAAAAAAGACAACUGAUUGUAUGACUGCUGGGAUAUUUUUAACUGUCUUUUCCCCUUUUGGCUCUAAGGGGAUGGGAUUUGCAGUUCAGCAUCUAAAGGAAUGUAACACAAAUACAGUCUGCUCUCUGGAAAGAAAACUCCUCAUUUUCUAUGCCUUAAUACUGUGCUUCUCAGAGCUUUGAACCAUAGGACCAUUUUAAAAAGGCCACCUAAGGCAAUCAAAUGCUGAAAGAUGGGUGCAGUAUCUCACAACAGCAGCAUUAAAGAAACAUGGUACCAAGCUUAAAGAAAAAGGCAAAUGAUUUUGUUUUUUAAAAAAAAAAAAGAGAAAAAUUCUGAAUAUGAACGAAUGUUUAUUUAUGUGGGGAUUCAGGAGGAAGAGUUACAGGGCUCAACCACCUGGAUUUCUGGAUGCAAUUUCUCUCCAUUCCCUCUGAGGGAGAAUAAGAUGACAGAGGAACUGUAUUAAUUUGGUUCCUGUAAAGAUAUUAAAAACAAAGGGGUU